AUGGACAACCAAACAGCAAACCCUGAAGAAUUUUAUAUUUUAGCAUUUUCAUAUCAUGGAGAAAUACAGCCAUAUCUUUUUGUUUUGUUCUUAGCGAUUUACUUGUGUGGACUAAUUGGGAACUUAGCUAUAAUUACAGUGAUCUCUUUAAUUCCCAAUCUACACACUCCCAUGUACUUCUUUCUAUGUAACUUGUCCUUGGUAGACCUUUUCUAUACCACUACCAUUCUCCCUAAAUUGAUGCACAUUUUAAUUACUGGAGAUAAUAAAAUAUCUUUCCUGCACUGCUUCACCCAAAUGUACUUUUAUACGUUUAUGGCUAGCACAGAAAUCAUGUUGUUGUCUCUCAUGGCAUACGAUCGAUAUGUGGCCAUAUGCUACCCAUUACACUAUCAACUGAUCAUGAAUUGGAAAAAAUGUAUUAGACUUGCAAUAGGCAACUGGAUACUUGAAUGUUGCAACUCUUCGUUUUUCGCUGUUUUUGCUUCAACAUUUUCUUUUUGUCAAACUAAAGAAAUCCAUCAUUUCUGCUGUGACACUAAAGCUCUGGGUAAAAUUGCCUGCUCUAACAAAAGUUUUCAAAUAAUGAUCUUUAUAGAAACUUUGCUAUUUGGACCUUUCCCAUUGUUGCUUAGUUUAUCAUCUUAUAUUAAAAUAGUCAGUAGUAUUUUACAAAUUAAGUCCAUUCAGAGUAGACGAAAAGCCUUUUCCACCUGUGGAUCCCACCUCACUGUUCUUCUCAUGUUCUAUAUGAGUGUCUUAUGCACAUACAUGCGACCAACCUUGGAGCACUCAGAGACUCUGGAUCAGAUAUUCUCAGUACUGUAUACUGCUGUGACUCCAAUGUUAAAUCCUAUUAUAUACAGUUUUAGAAAUAAAGAAGUGAAGGAGGCUCUGAAGAAAGUUGUGAGAUUAUAA